AUGCAUGUAUCAUUUGUAGUCAGAAUAUCUUUAUCAUCGCCAUCACUAGCACAACAAAGAUUAGAUUUAUUAUUAGAACAAGAAGCAGAAUUUAAUAAUAAUUUAUCGAAUACAUCCUUUUAUAAUAACUCUGCUAUAAAUACCAUACCACCAGCAUACUCAACAGAAGAAAACAAUAAUAAUUCCUCAAUACCCAAAUAUCCAACACAAGCACAUAUAUCAUCAGAACUACCAACCUACGAUCAUGCUACUAUUGAUAUGCCACCAUCAUAUGGUUCACACAAUAACAAAGAUAAUGAAGCUUCGUGUUCUGGCCACUUUGGCUCGUUGGUAUGGGAUUCAGUAUAUUUGGCAAGAAGAAUGAAACAAGAAAAUGGGGAAGAAGAUGUGCUUGGAAUUCAUUAA